UUGCAUCACUUACACUAUUUUUUUUCUCCAAUGUUUCUUUUUAAACAGUUUUAACAGCUGUUUACAGUACAAGCAUUUAGCCUGUAACAGCGUCCUAUAAAAGUCACCCAGCAGCCAUCUUGCUAACGCAUUCAGGCAUAAUUAUGACACCUAUUUUAAACCAUUACGUGAAUUACCUUUCAGUUAAAUUCAAAUAGUCAGUGGGACAUUACAUUAAUAAAGCAGUCGUUCAUUCUUAUACAACUCUGUCCUAAAACAUGUCUUUAAAACCACCAUCUUUGUUUCUUUUUGUUUAUUUGUUUGUUUUCUCAGUGCCUAGUUUUUCUCGUAUACAGUACAGUAUGCAUUAUUCUCAAAGCUGCUUUAAAAAAAGAGAGCUAGAGGAGAUCGUUAUAUUAGAAAUUCCCUGGCAAGGCUUCUUAGCUCACGGCUAUCUGCGUAACCGUGACUCUGGCCACGUAAUUUGUUCGACGUCACUGGUUUCCAUGGCAGCAGGAAAGCCUGGCGUCUCCAGGGAAACAGAAAGCGUCAACAAUCCAAACAGCCUCCAGGCUCUGUCUGCCUUGUUGUCCAGUCAGCAGGACGAAGAAGAGGAAGAUGAGGAGUGUAAAGAUGUGAAAGCAUAUGCACGCUUGGGUCCCGGACACAUUGGCCCCCCACCCAAAAAAGAAAAACAAGUGUCAACCGCAUACACGAAGAAGAACAGCAAAGAUAUCUGGUGUGAAGAAGAAGUGGCCGAAGGCUCACAGUAUGAUGAUCUGACUGACCCAAGGCCACAACCUGAGUAUGAAAUAAUCCUGAAGCAAAGUGUAGGAACAGAGGAUCUCUUCUUGGGAUUAAGCAGAAAGGAUCCAUCCUCCAUGUGUUGUGAAGCCAUGCUGGUUAAAAUCAAACUACCAGACACUAAAGCAACAGAUGUGGUGCUGGAUGUGAAAGAAAAGUUCCUUGAUCUACGGACGCCAAAAUACAAACUGGGGCUCCAUCUCCCUGAUCCGGUCCACAAAAAUGAGAGCAAGGCCCAGUUCUUCAGUGAGAGGGAGGAACUGGAGGUGACUCUACUAAUGAAGCGUCCUAUGGAUUUUAUCAAUAUGCAAUGAAAAAGGAUGACUUAGCAGCAAUUACCAUUAUACAAACUGACACAUUAAGGAUUAAAACCAGAAAGGAAUUGGGAAAUAAUCAGCAAAAACAUGAAUUUUUUCAUGAAUUUUGUGAGUUUAAGCUAUUGUUUGUGUCAUCACAGCCUCUAUGACUGUUAAAUUGUGGAUUUCUAAUAAAUACUUGACUCCAAAA